AUGGCUACCCAAGCUGAUGAUGCUCCGGCGUCCCAGACCAACAUUGGGGAUGGAGACCUCAAGGAGCAUGUCCACGACGAACUUGAAAAGAUCCAACGACAGAGCUCUACAGCGACCGUGUUUCCCGAGCCUCUACGAGAAAGCGACAGCGAUGACUCCGCCGACGAACACAAUGGCCCGACUCAAGCGCCUCCCAUGUUCAUGAAUAUGAACCAGAGUAUAUACGGACUUAUCGCACAGGCUAGCAACCGGGUCAACUUUAACGAUCGCUUUGAUGGAAUGAGCAGCGACGAAGAGGGCGAAAGUUCACAAAAUACCCGCACAGAAAGUAUCGCCCGAACUUCAAUUUUGCAGCCUGCAAGCAAAGGAAAAGACAAGGUUCACAGGCGAAGGAAGCUUUCAGAACACAAGCUUUUGCGAUCAUUACCUGCGUUGCCUAAACUUCGCUCUCGACAUAAAUCUCAGUCUUCUAAUCUACCUGCUCCUGCAGAAGCUGCUGAUGAGGCAGACGACGAAGACGGCGACGGCGGCUUAUUACCAGCACCCGCUCUUACUUUAACACGCCAAGAUACACAAGGCCGUUUGGCGCCAGUCAUGAGUAGAAUGUUGGAGGCUAAGGCAGAUUUGUCUAGCAGACCCAGCUUUGAUCUAGAUCGCCUAUCGUCAGAUGUUAGUCGAUCUAGCGAUGGCGACGAAGUGUCGGCUCUUUCCAAAAAGCUGAAGGAGAUCUUCGAGUUUGACGAGUUUGAACAGGUUAUUGAAGAAUACCCAUGCUGGCUUUUGCAAAGCGUCCUGCUUCAGGGAUACAUGUACAUUACAUCCAAGCAUAUAUGUUUCUAUGCAUACCUUCCUAAGAAGACGCACGAGGCUGUUAAGUCGGGGUACCUAUCAAAAAGCGGCAAACGCAACCCGAGCUACGCAAGGUUUUGGUUCCGACUAAAGGGCGAUGUUUUGACAUAUUACAAAACAGCGACAGAUGUCUACUUUCCCCACGGACAGAUCGACCUGCGGUACGGCAUCUCAGCCAGCGUUGUUGACAAAGACAAGGAAGCUCUCCAUUUUGUUGUUGAGACACAUCACCGAACAUACAAGUUCAAGGCCGAUAGCGCUCCAAGUGCAAAGGAAUGGGUUAAGAGCCUUCAAAGGGUCAUCUUUCGAAGUCACAACGAUGGCGACAGCGUCAAGAUUUCGUUGCCGAUCAAGAAUGUCAUGGAUAUUGAAGAUACGCAGAUGAUUUCAUUCGCAGAUACUUGCAAAAUUCGUGUCAUCGACAAUGACGAGACAUACGCCAUUGAUGAGUACUUCUUCUCCUUCUUCAGCUUUGGCAAGGAAGCCAUCAAUGUCCUUAAGAUUCUGAUUGAAGAUUCGUCUGGGGGCCGCUCAACGGAUCAGGUAAUAACCGGGGGCGGCCAUGAUAGUUCACAACCUCCAUCCGGCCACGCUUCAAAGGCAGCAAGCAAACACGUUCCUAGCAAAUUAAGUACAGGAAAGCUACCGGAUACCGUCAAAGCGACCUUGGCACCGAUGUCACCUCUAUCACCUCGCUCGCCCAGUCAGUUAAGCCCUCGUGCAAGCAUGGAUGCGCCACGAUCGAGUUUCGACGCCUUCAAACGAUUUGGGAAGAAGAGUGUAGAUAUACCAAGCUCCAUUGGAGACCAUAGCCCUCGAAGGAGUUUUAGUGGAACAAGACGCUCAACGAGCUAUCAACAUCGACAAGGCACUACGACCCCCAAGCAAGCACACGAUUCGGAAGACUCAUUCCUUCAGUCAUCAGUCGAGAACCCGAGCAUCUCCACUCUGUCACCAUCUUCGUACGAUGAACCGUCCGCAAGUCAGAUCCUUCAGGGAAGUGAUGUCUUCCACAGUCCAAUGAUGCGGCGAUCCGCCUCGGCUUCCAGAAAGCGUGAUCAGUCUGGCAAACGAACACCUCGCAGCUCUAGCGCCCAUGGAGAUCGCCGCCGAGGUAUCCCUCACGCCGCAACGACAGGUAACAUGCAGGAAAUGGGAUAUGAUCAAGCCGAUUUUCAGCGACCUGUAACCCCAACACUCAAUAGCAUUACCAAGAUUGGCGCCUAUCCUUUACAGCGAGCCAACGCCUUUGCCGAGUACUUGAGUCGUACCAGUCAACGCAUGGGAUCUAUGUUUGCGACUGAGUCCUUGGGCUAUGUGGAGAAGGUACACGGCAUGUGGAAGGGGGAACAUCGACAUUACGAUGAGCCGCAAGAGCUUCGGACGGACGAUGAUGCCGAGGACAUCGAUUCGGAGGCAGACGAUAAGAUGCAAACUACGAUAGAUCGAUUCCGAGCGCAUUUCGCCCUACCCGAGUCAGAGAAGCUUGUCGCGACAUAUUUCGGAGCCAUCUUCAAGGUUUUGCCUCUGUAUGGAAAGUUUUACAUUAGCGACCGCUCAUUCUGCUUCCGGAGCUUGUAUCCUGGAACGAGAACAAAACUCAUUCUUCCUCUCAAAGAUAUUGAGAACGUUCACAAGGAAAAAGGCUUCCGGUUUGGCUACUACGGCCUGACAGUCGUUAUCCGUGGUCAUGAGGAGCUUUUCUUCGAGUUUAGACGACCUGGCCUUCGGGACGACUGCGCAGUGACCUUGCAUCAGCUCAUGGAAACUAACCGUUUCCUUGAAGAGUCCGGCAUUCUUCAUCAAGAAGAACAAGAGAAUGAGGAGGCUGCUGCUGCUAUGGCGGAACGAGAUGCCCUGCAAGAAGCAAGGCAAGAUGAGUUUGUUGAUCACGAGCUCACACUGCCCCGCGAGACAUCUGGUGUCUCUAAUGCUCCUACGAUCCUCUUCGACAACCCCAAUUCGUCAGGCCUUGCAUUCAAGCCGCAAAAGUCGAUGAAGAUUACAUGUCUUACCAUUGGAUCACGAGGUGAUGUUCAGCCAUAUAUCGCCCUUUGUAAAGGUCUUCUCGCCGAGGGUCAUAAGCCACGGAUUGCGACCCAUGGUGAGUUUCAAGGCUGGAUUGAGAGUCAUGGCAUCGAGUUUGCGCGAGUUGAGGGAGACCCGGGUGAACUGAUGCGCUUGUGUAUCGAGAACGGAACGUUUACUUGGGCAUUCCUCCGAGAAGCAAACUCAACGUUCCGAGGAUGGCUUGACGAUUUGUUGGACUCUGCGUAUACCGCAUGUGAAGGUUCGGAGCUAUUGAUCGAGUCUCCAUCUGCCAUGGCGGGCAUUCACAUUGCGGAGAAGCUCGGGAUUCCCUACUUCCGAGCGUUCACUAUGCCUUGGACUAGGACACGGGCAUAUCCUCACGCCUUCAUUAUGCCCGAGCACAAAAUGGGCGGGGCUUACAAUUACAUGACGUACGUUAUGUUCGAUAACAUCUUUUGGAAAGCUACCGCCUAUCAAGUGAACCGAUGGAGGAACAAGACAAUGGGUCUCCCCAGUACAAGCCUUGAGAAGAUGCAACCCAACAAGGUGCCUUUCCUUUAUAACUUCAGUCCCAGUGUGGUUGCUCCGCCUUUGGACUUUUCGGAUUGGAUCAGAGUAACUGGAUACUGGUUCCUUAACGAGGGCGGUGACUGGGAGCCUCCACAAGAUCUACAGGACUUUAUCGCCAAGGCUAGGGCGGAUGGGAAGAAGAUUGUCUAUGUCGGCUUCGGUUCAAUCAUCGUUAAGGAUCCUGCCAAGAUGACAAAGGAGGUCAUUGAUGCUGUUCUCAAGGCCGACGUGCGAUGUAUCCUCUCGAAGGGUUGGUCUGAUCGCAUUUCGCCCAAGGACGAUCCCUCUAAACCACGUCCUGAAGAGCCAGUAAUGCCUGCCGAGAUCCAUGUGAUCAAAUCGGCGCCUCACGACUGGCUGUUCAGUCAAAUCGACGCAGCUGCGCAUCACGGCGGCUCUGGAACGACAGGUGCUAGUUUACGAGCUGGCAUCCCAACCAUCAUCAAUCCUUUCUUUGGUGACCAGUUUUUCUUUGCGACGCGUGUUGAAGACUUGGGUGUUGGAGUCUGGGUCAGGAAAUGGGGUACCAACAGUUUCGGUCGAGCCCUCUGGGAAGUGACGCGUAACGAGCGCAUGAUCGUGAAGGCUCGUGUUCUUGGUGAACAGAUCCGCAGUGAAUCUGGUGUUGAUAAUGCCAUCCAGUGUAUAUACCGCGAUCUGGAAUAUGCCAAGAGCCUCAUCAAGCACAAGGCGGGCAAGAAUAACGCACAGCACGACCUUGCCGAAGACGAUGAUACCGAAGAAAGCUGGACAUUCGUCGGAAGAGACGAACCAGACCCUGAUGCUGUAACGAAGAAGCUAAGUGAGGGCCUAGUUGGCCUCGGGGCGGCAGGUGAUCGACCCCUACCAUUGGGAAGCCAAGCGCCCACAACCUGA